AUGCAGUUAACAGUUAACCGAUAUUCGAAUGAUAAUUUAUGGAAUGUCCCUUCCACGAGUUUCUAUCAAAAACCUGAUGAUAUUUACGAAGUUAGUGAUAGUGAAAGCUCAAUUGAAGAUCUACUGAAUUUAGAUCAUGCCUACAAUCCCAGUUUAGAAUCACAGCAUCAAAAACAUGCUUUUGUUGUAAGUGAUAGUGAGAGUUCGGAGGAAGAUAUCUUGAACUUAGACGCCAAUUACAAUGCAAAUUUAAAACUUAGUGCAAAAUCUCCGGUUUUAGAACGAACCACAUCAACAGAGAAAGUUCCUAACAUUGUAAAUAAAGAUAGUUCUAGUGAUGAUGAAGAUGUUGAUGAUGACCCUGAAGUGCUGGUACCUUCAGACCCAAUAGAGUGGAACGAAGCAAACAUAGAAUCGUGGCUCAAGUGGUGCAAACAGAAGUUCCUAACCGGCGUCGCUCUGGACCCAAAGAAGUUUCCAAAAUCGGGAAAAGAUUUGUGCAAUUUGACUGUAUCCGAUUUCGAGAAGUUGGUGGAAGACGAAAGGACUGCCAAACUGUUAGCUAAAUAUAUAGCCCAUUUAAGACACAGCAUUACUGGACGUGCCAGCAGCCCUUUGAACAUCGAUUGUACGAUCCCCACCGACGGAGAAGAGGAUGAACCGGAUCCGUAUCAGUUGUUGAACGCAGCGUCGUCGCGAUUGGUGGCCCAAGGCUCUGGGCAGAUUCAGUUGUGGCAGUUCCUUCUGGAGCUGCUCGGCGAUUCGGCCAAUGCGGCAUGCAUAACGUGGGAAGGCACCAAUGGCGAGUUUAAGCUCACGGAUCCCGACGAGGUGGCACGCCGUUGGGGCGAGCGCAAGUCCAAACCAAACAUGAACUACGACAAACUUUCCAGGGCUCUCAGAUAUUACUACGACAAGAAUAUUAUGUCAAAAGUGCAUGGGAAGCGAUAUGCAUACAAGUUCGACUUCCAUGGUUUGAUGGCUGCGUGUCAAGCACAGGCCCAGGGUCAAGGUGAAAUGUUACCAUCUUAUCACAAGUACCAGACGCAUCAGAGCGAGCUGGGAACGGCGCUUUAUCCAACGACGUCGGCCGCCGGAGCAUCGGUCAAAUUGCCGGCAUUAUCUUUGCCCCCCGGUGCUCAACAUCCACAAAGCGCCCUGUUCCCAUCCCCUGCUUAUUGGCCCUACUCACCGGGUGGAUUCGACCCACGCACUCCACCUUUCAAUUAGUAUUACACAAUUAUUACGAGUUAAGUUAAUGCAUGUGAAACAAUCCCAUCGUUUCUUUCAGAUAGUAAAUUAUUAAAAAAAACCCUUUUAGUAUGAUCAUUAACAAAUAACUCUUCCAACAAAAAUGAAAUUUUUCAAUAAAUAU